AUGGUUGAACAUAUUAUCAAGUUAUUAGAACCAAUUACUCAGAAAAUUUUUAAGCUGGAAGGUAAUGGAAUACAAAUAAAUGAAGUAUACAUGGCUUUCAAGGACAUCAAAUCCACAUUAAAUUCUGUGUUGCCAGAAAUAUCCAUUUUAGAUGAACAACACAAACAAAAUAUAAAUAAUAAUGUAACAUUCCAACAUAUAGGUAUUGAAUUGGAUGAAGAACGCGAAGUGGACGCCAUGGAAUACAUUCAUGAAGUGAGUCAAUUACUAAAUAUUGACGUUGGUAUAGAUUUAGCUAAUUAUAGAGCUAAAGAGGGUUUAUGGGGUAAAUCAUUUAGUUGGAAAAAUGUGACAGAAAUGGAUCCAGUAGUUUGGUGGAAAGGACUUUGCAGAUCCAAAUUACUAAGUAGAGUUGCCGUAAGAAUUUUGACUGCUCCUUGCACUUCGGCUGCCACUGAAAGUACAUUUAGCACACAUGCACACAUACAUAGCCAUAAAAGAAAUAGAUUAACGACGGACAGGGCAGCAAAAGUUGCAUAUAUUUCCUAUAAUUAG